AUGCUUCUGGGAGACUCAGAGGCCGGGCUGGCCUGGAAGGAGGGCCGCCUUAGCAGCGACAUUCUGCGGGAGGUGGAGAAGCUGGAAGCCGCCGACCUCGUCAUCUUCCAGUUCCCUCUCCAGUGGUUUGGCCUCCCGGCCAUUUUGAAAGGGUGGUUCGACCGGAUCCUCAUUGAGGGCUUUGCCUACUCCUACAGCGCCAUGUAUAAUCAGGGGCCCUUUCAGAAGAAGAAGGCUGUGCUCUCCUUCACCACUGGAGGGAUGGGCUCCAUGUACACCCCAGCAGGCAUCAACGGAGACAUCAACGUCCUUCUCUGGCCAAUACAGAAUGGCACCCUUCGUUUCUGUGGCUUCCAAGUCUUGGCUCCCCAGAUUGCUUUCGGUAUUGCCCAUACCCCAGAGGAAGAACGUUCCCAAGUCCUGGAGGACUGGAAGAGGAGACUGGUGACCAUCUGGGAAGAGGAGCCCCUCAGCUUUGCCCCAAACAGCCUCUUUGAACUGAGUUUUGCUAAGGGCUUCGUGCUGAAGAAAGAUGUCCAGGAAGAGCAGGAAAAGGAGAAAUACGGGCUGACAGUCGGCCAGCAUCUGGGGAAGCCGUUCCCACCAGACCACCAGGUCAAAGCCCAGGAGCAAUAUCUGUCCCGCUGGGAAGCAGUGUAGGAUUGUAGUGGCUGUGACCCCCCCUCGCCCCCCCAUCUUCUCAACUUGCCCUUGCCCAAGUGGGCACCUAGCUAGAGUAGAAGACAAGGCAGGAUCCUUCAGGUGGCGGGUUUUCCACCUCAGCUUAGUUCCUUGUCUUGGUGCCAGAAUCGGGGUACGGCUGCCUUGAAGGGCUGCCCGCCAAUGGGGUCAGAGGUCUGCUCGCAGUCCCUCAGUGCUCACGUUUCCUAAACCCCGUGUGCCUUUUCUGUUCUGUGUAGUUAGGAAGCUGCCAGUGCCUGCUUUUUAAAGUCCAGCUGUUGAGACUAACCUGACAGGUGCUAGUGGUAGGAAGCGAUACGUUGCCCAUCUUUUUCUGCCUAUAACCGUUCUUAGUGAAAUAAAAGCACUUUCAAAGCAAA